AUGGGUUCAUUAUUUACUGACAAUGCUAGUGACAAUGGAGACCCAAGCAUUUUCAACCGUAAAUCUCGAGUCGUAAUUACGGACGAGCCGCUAAACUCGGAGUUCGACAUUGGAGACCUGCCCCUGGACUCGCUGGAUGACGAAUUUGCAAAGAACUCGUCCACAAUUGACGAAGAUUUGUUGCGCUUCAGUACACUCGACGAGAACUUGAUUGCAGAGAUCGACAAGUGGGUAUACAGUCACCAGAACAGAUCGCACGGCCAAGCCAUAGACCAGACGAUUCUCAACGGGACGUACGAUGGGCCCAUACGAUACUCGCGGAGGCCUUCGCUGGACCCGGCUGUACCCACUCUGACCUCUGGUGCUCCUCCCAGGGAUUUUGGUCUGGUUGAUAGGCUUUCCAAGGACAGACAUGACACGCCAGGUUGUAUAUCGAUUGAGAGCACUACCAGUGCUACAGCGGACUCUGGGACGGUGGGCAGUGGUAGUCAAGGUUUUGGUAGAAUGGACGCCAGCCCCCAAAGCGGACCAUAUUCCGGUAAAACUAGUCAGAGUAGGUGCAGUACGCAAAAGAGUAGCCAGGAAAAUGCCAGGAAUCAGAGCGGAGGCGCGGCAGACUACUAUACAGAUAGCAGCGAGUAUGACGAGGAUGAGGACAUUGAAGAGUGCAUCAUCUGCAGCGAAUCAAUGAGGAGUGAUAUAAAGAAUGAAAUUGGGAUUUUGGACGAUUGUAGUCACAUAUUCUGCUUCAAGUGUAUUAGAGCCUGGGCAGAUCGGACAAAUGUAUGUCCCUUGUGCAAGGGGGAAUUUGGCCACAUUAGACGGGUACUGUGGCAGAAUAUUGAAGAUUUGUUGUUAAAAACCUAUGAUAGACCUCUGGGGAGGUUCAGAGACUCGGAAGACAAGGGCCUGUACAUGGUGCCAACACCUGGGGAGAGUAGCUAUAAGAGAAAGUUGAAAAAGGUCCGCAAGACAAGAAUAAAGGGAUUGAGAACUGUCAUGCUCAAAAAUAGCGCGUGGCAUACGUUGAUACCAACCACGGUUGUCCAGGUUGAGAGCAAGUCGCUAAAGGAUAGCUUUACACCAGAUGUGAAUGGGUGUGAUAUUUGCGGUUUGGACAAUAAUUGGGACCAGCUUUUGCUUUGUGACCAGUGUGACCACGGAUUCCACACCUAUUGCCUAAACCCACCUCUUGAUUCAGUUCCAGAAGGGGACUGGUACUGUACAUCCUGCACAAACGUUCGUAUUUCCAGUGGAAUUGUAAAUGUGGUAGAACCAGAACCAGUUGCUCCAAGAACAACCACUAGGGCGCCUCCAAGAAUGGAAGAACCGCGAACCUCUAUAGAAUCGGAGCUCAAUGAAACUACCUCAAACCUCAUUGAGCAAGUUUACAGGGGACUUAACUCUAGAAGGAAGAGGACCAAGAAGAAGCCAAAGAGGAAAAAGACGACCAGGAGUAGAAAGAAGAGGACCUCCACAUCUACAGCUUCGGGAGUGACACGCAGAGUGAGCUCUGUGGUGGCAGAUACACUUUUCCCCGAGGAUUCCGGACCGUCGAGUAGGAUGAAUGGCAGGAUCGACGAGCUCAUUCAAGAGUCGAUUCGGAGGAUUAAUAGGAAUUUGGAAGAGGCAAAGAGGGAGGGUACUGCUUCACAGACGGCCGUAACACACAGACAAUCAGCGGCCAGAACACACGGUGAAGCGGCUACGAUGCACAAUUCACUACACAACACCACCAUGCAUGCGGAUAGGACCAGCACAAGUUCACCGGCCAGGUCGUUGGCGCAGACCACGAAUCUAGUUUCACAACAAAAGCCAUGCACACCAACAAGAUCCUAUACAUCUCAAGCACAUACAAGGGGUACCACAGACAGCAUUGAGAGUGUUUUGGAUGGUUUAACGAGGCAUGAUAUUGACAGAUUGCUAAAUGUAGGCACAUGCACCCCCAAAUCCACUAGUACGAGGGGUGGCGUUGAUCCUGGAAGGAGCAGUACAGACUCCUCCAAACUAAAGUACACCUCCUUUACUUAUCGCUACAAGACGCUGAUGGAACAGACGAAUAGGAGUUCUAAAUCACUGGACGGAGGGACUUCACAGAGCUUUAGGGACAAUUUAAAGUUUUCAGAGGCUCAAAUAAAGGGUAACACGAUAAAGUACCUUUUUUAA